UUCGCUUCCCUCGAAGCUCAUUUCAAACCACACAUUCAUACCAUCUCUGGAAAAACUGAGCAGAGGAGAGAGAGAGCGAGCAACAAAUGUCCAUAUCAAUGGCGUUAUUCUCCCCGCCGAUCUCAUCUUCACUUCAGAACCCUAAUCUCAUCCCCAAGAUCUCUGUUUCUCUCCUCUCCACCAAGCGUUUCUCUCUCGUCUCCGUCACUCGAGCCUCCUCCUCCGACAAUGGUUCGACCACACCCGCGUCGGCUUCAGUCUCUGCAACCACCGUGGAGAUUCCGAAGCCUGCGUCGGUGGCUGUAGAGGAGGUUCCGGUAAAAUCUCCGGCGGAAAGCUCUUCCGCCUCUAAAAACGGCGCCGUAGAAGGUGAAGAGAUUGAUCUGACCACUACGACGGAAAUCAAAUUCCAGGAUGCGAAGUGGGUUAAUGGAACUUGGGAUCUGAAACAGUUCGAGAAGGAGGGGAAAACUGACUGGGAUUCUGUAAUCGUUGCUGAGGCAAAGAGGAGAAAAUGGCUUGAAGAUAACCCAGAAACAACUACUAACGAAGAGCCUGUACUCUUUGAUACCUCGAUUAUUCCAUGGUGGGCAUGGAUGAAGAGAUACCAUCUACCCGAAGCUGAACUCCUCAAUGGUCGUGCUGCGAUGAUAGGGUUCUUCAUGGCUUACUUUGUUGAUAGCCUUACCGGAGUAGGACUAGUCGACCAAAUGGGAAAUUUCUUCUGCAAAACACUCUUGUUUGUGGCUGUAGCCGGAGUUCUUUUCAUCCGCAAGAACGAAGAUUUAGACAAACUCAAGGGUCUGUUCGAAGAGACGACGUUAUAUGACAAGCAAUGGCAAGCGGCAUGGAAAGAGCCUGAUUCAUCAACGGUUUCUUCAAAGAAAUGAAUAAACUUUCUCGCUUUUGUUUCCUUUUGUUAUGUGAUGUUUGUGAUCUUGUAUUACUGAUCUUGAGAUUGUAAUAUUUAUGGCUUUAAAAAUCUCUCUAUCAAAGUAGUUCCAAAGAAAUUUUAAAA